AUGUAUAACUCAAAAAAAAAAAAAAAAAACAANGAGGACGGCGGAAAGCGCAAUGGGGAGGGCUGGGAAGGCGGCUACCCCGAGAUCGUCAAGGAGAACAAGCUGUUCGAGCACUACUACCAGGAGCUCAAGAUCGUGCCCGAGGGCGAGUGGGACCAGUUCAUGGGAGCGCUCAGGGAGCCUCUCCCGGCCACUUUAAGAAUUACCGGUUACAAGAGCCAUGCAAAAGAGAUUCUCCAUUGCUUAAAGAACAAGUAUUUCAAGGAACUGGAGGACCUGGAAGUGGAUGGGCAGAAAGUUGAAGUUCCACAGCCCCUGAGUUGGUAUCCUGAAGAACUUGCCUGGCACACAAAUUUAAGUCGAAAAAUCUUGAGAAAGUCUCCACAGCUGGAAAAGUUUCACCAGUUUCUGGUCAGCGAGACGGAAUCUGGAAACAUCAGCCGUCAAGAAGCCGUCAGCAUGAUUCCACCGCUGUUGCUGAAUGCCCACCCACACCAUAAGAUCUUAGAUAUGUGUGCAGCUCCUGGGUCAAAGACCACACAGUUGAUUGAAAUGCUGCACGCGGACAUGAAUGUCCCCUUCCCAGAGGGCUUUGUCAUCGCCAACGACGUGGACAACAAGCGCUGCUACCUGCUGGUGCACCAGGCCAAGCGGCUGGGCAGCCCCUGCAUCAUGGUGGUCAACCACGACGCGUCCUGCAUCCCACGCCUGCAGAUGGACGUCAACGGCAGGAAGGAGGUCCUCUUCUACGACCGCAUCCUCUGUGACGUCCCUUGCAGUGGAGAUGGCACAAUGAGAAAAAACAUUGACGUCUGGAAGAAGUGGAGCACCUUGAACAGCCUGCAGCUGCAUGGUUUACAGCUGCGGAUUGCAACGCGGGGAGCCGAGCAGCUGGUGGAGGGGGGCAGGAUGGUGUACUCUACGUGCUCACUGAACCCCAUCGAGGAUGAAGCCGUCAUAGCGUCUCUACUGGAAAAGAGUGAAGGUGCGUUGGAGCUCGCCGACGUGUCCUCAGAGCUGCCGGGACUGAAGUGGGUGCCUGGGCUCUCGCAGUGGAAGGUGAUGACGAAAGAUGGGCAGUGGUUCACAUCCUGGGACGAUGUCCCCCACAACAGACACACCCAGAUCCGGCCGACCAUGUUCCCCCCGAAGGACCCCGAGAAGCUGCAAGCCAUGCACCUGGAGCGGUGUCUUAGAAUAUUACCACAUCAUCAGAACACUGGAGGGUUCUUUGUGGCGGUGUUGGUGAAGAAGUCUUCAAUGCCGUGGAAUAAACGUCCCCCAAAGCUGCAGGGUGAGCCGGCGGUGCCGCAGGCCUCCGUCCCCCUGAACCCCGUGGAGCCUCCGGCGGGCAGCAGCUCUGACCCUUCAGAGCUGGAGAGCAAGCUGGCGCCUGGGAUCAGCGACACAGAAGCAAUGGAGACAGCAGAGAACGUGGAGAACAGUGGGAGUAAGAAGGAUGGCGUGUGCGGCCCUCCUCCAUCUAAGAAAAUGAAGCUGUUUGGAUUUAAGGAAGAUCCGUUUGUGUUUAUUCCCGAAGACGACCCGCUGUUUCCACCUAUCCAGAAGUUUUAUGCUUUGGAUCCCUCGUUCCCAAAGACAAAUCUGUUAACUCGCACCACAGAAGGGAAGAAGAGGCAGCUCUACAUGGUGUCCAAGGAGCUGAGGAACGUGCUGCUGAACAACAGCGAGAGGAUGAAGGUCAUUAACACCGGGAUUAAAGUCUGGUGUCGAAAUAACAGCGGUGAAGAGUUCGACUGUGCUUUCCGGUUGGCACAGGAGGGAAUAUACACGUUGUAUCCGUUUAUUAACUCAAGAAUUAUCACCGUAUCGCUAGAAGACGUCCAAGUUCUGUUAACGCAGGAAAACCCAUUCUUUAGGAAGCUCAGCAGCGAGGCUUACAGCCAGGUCAAGGACAUGGCCAAGGGCAGCGUCGUCCUGAAGUACGAGCCGGACCCCACGAAGCCAGACGCGCUGCAGUGCCCCAUCGUGCUGUGCGGCUGGCGCGGCAAGGCCUCCGUGCGAACUUUCGUGCCCAGGAACGAGAGGCUGCACUACCUGCGCAUGAUGGGGCUGGAAGUGCCGGCGGGAAAGAAGCGAGAGGGUGCCGUUGGGGCGCCUGGGGCCGGCGUGGCCAGCCCCGAUGAAGAUGCAGCUUACAGGAGGCCUGUUCCCACUGACUAUGCCAGGGCCACUGUCACCAUCCUCUGA